GGUGGGACCAUUUUCAUCACAAUUAUCAGCAAUUCAGCAACACACGAGUCGACAACACAUUGCUGCUCAAACGCCUCCCCAAUUCAUUGCUGUGAACAACAGACCUUCCAACCAGAGUUCAACAACAGUGACGCCUGCUUCAGAUCCAAAAUCACCCUCUUUUUCGCCCACUGAAGCGUCAAAGAAGCAGCAGGCUCAUGGAAUGUCACUGCCUGCACGUCCAUUUGAGCCUUUCAACAAAAGCACUCAGCAUCCAAAAGCCAUCGAGAUUAUAGAUAUUGAUGGUCUUAUUGCCGAAGAAGAAAAGGAGGAGAAGAGACGACGAGAAAGUCCAGAGGAAGGGGAGAUUGAACAAAAGAAAAAACAAAAGGCUAUUGCAGGUGAUCAUACAUCACCUCAACAAGUGACCCAACUUCUACCGCAACAGCCAACGUCUCCAUCUCCUUCUACGUCAGCAGCAGCACCACCCUCACCCUCACCACCCUCUGUGCCAUCACCGCCACCACCUUCCUUUGCAAACCAAAAUACUACAAAUGGAAAAGCUUUCCGACCUUAUCGAUCAGCCUUUGCCUCCCUCGGUAUAAGGAAUACCAAUGCUCAACCUCAAAAUGCAUUAUGUCCCGCUGAAACUACUGGAGGUAUUUGUCAUGAUCCUAAAUGUAAGUACUCUCAUUUUUCUGACUAUGGAAAAUAGAAAAAAAAAAAAAAAAAAAAA